AUGGAGGGGAAGAAAGUGGUAGUAGUGGGUGCUGGCCCCGUUGGGUCGCUGGCAGCGCUCUAUGCCGCGUCUCGUGGGGCUGUGGUUGAGGUGUAUGAGCUGCGUGACGACCUCCGCAAUGUGGACACUACACCCCUCAAUUUCACCAAAUCCAUCAACCUUGCCUUGAGUGAGCGUGGAAUCAACGCCAUCCGAUCAGCAGGCACUCCCGGUCUGCUUGACAAGAUUCUGGAGCGGACAAUUCGCAUGUACGGACGAAUGAUCCAUACUCGCUCCUCCACCGGCGCCUUCCUUCAACAGUCCCAAGCAUAUGAUGUCCACGGCCGGUUCCAGCGAUCCGUGGACCGCGGAGAGCUCAACAAGGUCCUCCUCGACCAACUCGACUCGCUUCCAAAUGUCAAGUUCUUUUUCCAGCACAAGAUGACAGGCGCGGACUUCCGGAAGAAGAAAGCUUGGUUCGAGGUCACGGACAAGAACAGCGCCACGCCCUCGGACCGUCCUCAGGAGAUCGAGGUGUCUUUCGAUUUCUGCAUAGGCGCUGAUGGAGCCCAUUCUGCCACGAGGCAUCAUAUGAUGAAGUUUGCCCGCAUGGACUAUCAUCAAAUAUAUAUCGACUGCUUGUGGUGCGAGUUCACCAUGCCCCCGGCCAAGGAAGGAGGCUUCGGAGGUUUCGCCAUGCCUCCCACUUACCUGCAUAUCUGGCCGGCGGGUAGUUUCAUGUUCAUCGCCCUCCCCAAUCUCGACAGUACUUUUGUGUGCACGCUCUUUGGCCCUGUUGAGCUAUUCACUCAACUUGAGAAUGGGACGGAUGACGAGCUGGUUUCGACGUUCGACAAGUAUUUCCCUGGAGUGAGCACAUUCAUCCCCCCGGCCGACCUCGUGGCGCAGUUCAAGCGCAACCCACACCUCCCGCUGAUCAACAUCAAAUGUUCGCCGCAUCACUACCAGGAUAGUGUCGUCGUCGUCGGGGACGCUGCCAAUGCGAUGGUACCAUUCUAUGGCCAGGGGAUGAAUGCAGGAUUGGAAUCGGUUCGCGUAUUGUUCUCCAAGCUUGAUGAGAGUCCGGACCGAGCGGAGGCUCUCGCCAAAUACAGUGCCGAACGAACGGAGGAUGCGCAUGUCAUCGCCGACCUGGCGUUGGCAAAUUAUAUUGAGAUGCGAUCCUCCGUCACGUCGCCGCUGUACAAGCUGCGCAAGUACAUCGAGGAGAGGCUCGACAAGUAUGUCCCUAGCUGGGGCUGGGCGACCCAAUAUGCACGAGUCAGUUUCAGCAACAUGAGAUACAGCGAGGUUAUCAAGAGAUCAAAGAGCCAGAAACGAAUCCUCACCACCCUUCUGCUUGCUGCGACGGGCACGGGCGUGGUUGGCUCGGUGGCGGGUGUCUGGUUGUUGUGGACGAGGUUGCGGGUGCAGAAGGUGUUUGGUCUUCCAUGGUCUGGCAGAUGA